CUACUUCGCGGGCGUAGUAUCCAAACGGGGCCCGCGGUACAAUUUUGAAAAUUUGAAUUACAUCGGUUCGUGAGUGCGUUUUGGUGAAGUGUUCUUGAAAUUGUGUUUAGCUUUUUUUUGUUCUUUAUUUUAUGGUGAGGUCAGACAUAAAAGACAAGUGACAGCAAUGUCAUCACAAAUAUUAACGCACGUAUACCGUCGCGACUCCAGCGACCAGGAGCGCCCUCUAGACAUCGACGACCAAGACCGAAGCACAUCAAACAGCCCCAAAAACAUGAAGUACUACAAACAGAUGGACGAGGACAAAACCAUUAUUAACCAGAAAAAGAAAUCCUUUUGCAUAGACGCCCUUUUAUCCCGGCACAUCGAGCCGGAAUCGACGCUUCAAGAUAGGAUGACUCAGCAAAAAUAUUUGGCGCUAAUUCACAACAAGAAUUACAUUAAUAGGUUUGACAGCGAGAACUAUGAUGCUCAGAUCGAACAGAACACUAUAGAUAAGUUUCAAGGGCAGAGCUAUGAGCAAAGAGCGGACAGUCCUCGCUCUGGACAGAGUUCUCCCAGGAGCGGUAGUCCAGGGUCGGACGACGGGAACAGAUCAGAGAGCUAUAGCCCUCCUAUUUCUCCCGGUGUAGAAGGGGGGAACGAUGAAUACGAAAGUUAUAGACCCGGUAUCAUCCCCAAACCAGGGCUCCUACCUCAGAACCCCGCUCUAGUCGCCGCGCAGUCCGCGGCGCUAUUCAACUACCCUCAACUGUCGCCGGGCGCUCUGCCCCCGGGCGCUCCGAUGCCGUCCGCCUUCCACCAUCCGGGGGACAGGGUGCUCCACCACAUGCAACUCGAGUGGCUCGCCAGGACUGGCAUGUUCUACCACAGAAUACCGGAGCUUGGAGGAGCACCGCACGCGUUGCUAGGCAAGACGCGGCGGCCGCGCACCGCGUUCACAUCGCAGCAGCUGCUCGAGCUGGAGAAACAGUUCCGGAUGAACAAGUAUCUGUCCAGACCGAAGAGGUUCGAGGUCGCCACUAGCCUAAUGCUGACUGAGACCCAGGUGAAAAUAUGGUUCCAAAACCGACGCAUGAAAUGGAAACGUUCGAAAAAAGCGCAGCAGGACACAAAGAAGGACACCCACGCCCACCAGACGGAAGAAAAAAACAAACCCAAAGACCUCCCACAACCUGAACCCGAGAAAAACAUGGCAGCCGCAGAUUUGACAGCUGUCAAACCGCCCCCAAUGCUGGAUAGGGAGAGAAUCAUUGCGCUAGAAAGGGAGCGCGCGAUAGCCGCCGCCAAUUUUAAUUCUAAUUUGGAAAACAAUAGAAGAGGGUUGGUUGUAAUGAGUCAAGAUGGCGCCCGACCGGGCAUGGAUAUGUUUAGGCCGUACGUGGUAUGAAAAUAGAAGAUAUUUUUUAUUGUGAACUCUUGUG